AUGGCACAUAUAAACAUUUACAUUCAUAAAAUCAUAGAAUUUAUUAAGAAAUCAGAUAAAGAGUUUAGUUUUAAAGAAAUUGAAUUAAAUUGUGGAGUAAAAGUAUCAGCUGUUUAUUACGCAUUGAAGAACAAUCCCAAAGUUCAUCUUGAGAAUGAAAAAAUAUCUUAUUGUCCUGAAUUUGGAAUAAAAACAAGAGAAGAAUUAAAGAAAGUUUUGAUUGAGAAAGGAGAAGGAAUUUCUUUGGAAAGAUUAGAUGAUGGGCCAUUUAAUGUGAGUUCAUUGUUAUUUACACCAGAAGAAAUGAAAGAAAGAAGUAAAAAAAUUGAUAGAACAGUAAGAAAAAGAAUUAAAAGUGAUGACAAACCUAAAACAAAAAUUGAUGAAGAUUUUAUAAUUUUGAGAGAUUUAGAUGGAAGUGAAAUGGUAUUUUAUUACGAUAAUAAAUAUAAAUUACCAGUAAAUGAAGAAACAAAGCAAAUAUGGGCAUCAAUAGAAAUACCAGAAUAUUAUGAUGUAUUAGAAGAACUAAGUAAAAAAGGAUUGAAAACAGAAAAAAUAGAAACAACAAAAAAACAAAAACCAAAAAUAAAGAAGAAAAAGAACAGAAGGAAGAUAAAUCUAACAAAUACGCAUGUUCAAGAGUUAGAAAAAAUAGAUUUUAAUGAAGAAUCUGAUUAA